GGCUGUAUUUUACGAUUCAAUUAUUCGUUGUUAUUUUGAAAAGUUCAGGAACCGGCAAACUUAAUUGUUACAUGUGUCCAUGUUGUGAACGUAAACCGCUGGUGUUGGGUAGUUGAUGUACUUUACAUUCAUAUUUCAGCUGUGAAACUUCGGCAAGGAUUUAAUUGAUGGCUUCUGCAGACAUUGAUCAGCUUACAGAUGCUCUGGCCAAGACUCAUGUUGGGGUAGAGCUCAGCUAUAAGGGUCAGGGACUGAAGCUGGACGAUAAACAAUCAGUGGAAAAGAUAGUGCUGGAGAUAGAACAGUUUCAUGGUCUGAAGGCUUUACGACUUGAAGGAAAUACUCUUGGAGUUGAAGCAGCACAGGCUAUCUCAAAGGCUCUUGAGUCAAAAAAAGAUCUGCAGCGAUGCUACUGGAGCGACAUGUUCACAGGUCGGCUCCGCUGUGAAAUUCCAUCUGCCUUGAAAUCCUUGGGCAGUGCUUUGAUGAUGUCAGGGGCCAAGCUUACUGAACUGGACCUGAGUGACAACGCGUUUGGACCUGAUGGUGUAAAGGGCAUUGAGGCCCUCCUCAAGAGCUCUGUGUGCUACACUCUACAGGAACUCAGGCUGAAUAAUUGUGGCAUGGGCAUUGAAGGAGGCACAAUCUUGGCCUCUGCAUUGACUGAGUGCUUCAAGCAGUCGAGCGCUGCAGGCUCACCUCUAAAGCUAAAAGUCUUUGUAGCAGGAAGGAAUCGACUUGAGAAUGACGGAGCCACUGCACUUUCUCAAGCAUUUCAGUUGAUUGGAAGCCUUGAGGAGAUUCACAUGCCACAAAAUGGGAUCAACCAUCGAGGCAUCACAGCUUUGGCCACGGCAAUGCAGGACAAUCCCAAUCUGCGUGUGCUUAACCUCAAUGACAAUACCUUCACCAAGAGAGGUGCGGUAGCCAUGGCCCAGGCCCUCAGGCACUUGUCUAAUGUACAGGUCAUUAAUUUUGGAGACUGUCUGGUGCGCUCCGAAGGUGCCAUUGCUAUAACAGCAGCACUAAGAGGACUGUCUGUUCUUAAGGAGCUGAACCUGUCGUUUGGAGAGAUUUCAGAAGCUGCAGCUCUGGUUGUUACCCAGGCUGUACGGGACAAAACUGAUUUGGUGAAACUAGACCUCAAUGGAAACUGCUUGGGGGAAGACGGCUGUGAGGCUCUCAAAGAGGCCAUGGAAAAUAUGGGGAUGGGGGAUGUGCUUGGCUCGCUCAGUGAUGAUGAAGGGGAAGAGGAGGAUGUUGAGAAUGAUGAGGAAGAUGAAGAUGAGGAAGAUGAUACAGAGGAUGAGGAGGAAGAUGAGCAAAACUGUAUCAAUGGGCUAAAAAAUAGAAGCAUUUUUGAAGGAAGCCCAGCAAAGGUAUCAUUAGGCAGUGCUGAAAUCUUGUCCUUCCUUCAGACCCCAACUUCUGAGAAACUGCUUAACCUUGGUGCCAAAAGAGUUCAGCUGUUUGAGCAACAAGUGGAUUCUUCAGAUGCUAGUAAAAUUGCAGACAUUUUUCUUCAGCUCUCCUCUGUGUAUAACGAAGACGCAGAAGUGAAUCAAGUUGUUCUUGAGCUUGCUGAUGCCCUGUUGAAGAAGACGCUUUCCAGCCUUCAGUUUCAGACCUAUAAUUUUACCACUUCACUGCUGGUGAAACUGGGACUUUUAAAGGGUGAGAAAAAGGCCAAGAAUGUGUGUGUUUUGCCUGGUCACCUACUUACUCUGAAGCACUGUGUUGAGCAGGACUACUUCCCUGUGGAUCAGGCCGAAGUUCUAGAAGUUUUUGUGUCUCGAAAUGGCAAAGUUUUCGCGUCAUGUCCCAGUGCUAGGGAUGACCUUAAAGCUUCACUGGAAAAAAGAAUCUCUGCCUAGAACCCAGUUUUGUCACUGAGAACUCCUAGUGGGGAGCACCACGAGCACCUCCUAGCGCCAACGAGGGGACCAGAAAUGCUUAUAAGGACAUAAUGUAUUAUUGUAUGCAUCCAAAUCAAUAGUUUUCUUAGUUGGAGGAGUAACAAUUCAACCAUAGUGAAUCAGUCCUUGGAGAGCAAAAUGUAUAAAAUACAUUGCAAACCACUGCCUAAUUAUAAGCAAAUUUAAUUUUAACUAAAAGAAAAAAAAAAACACAACAAAACUUGAGUAGCUUUGAUAAAAAUGUGUUUCUACUGAGGUUUUAUUUUCAUUCACAGAUUCAGUCUUGGCUUCCUAAAUAACAGCCCAAUUACUGAUAUUUUUGACAUAACUUCAAUUGAUCCAGUAACAGCACACCAGCUAUUAAUUAUUUAAGCGAUUUCUUCAACUUGGAAUACACUUCUUUUUUUUAUUUUUUUUUACCUUACCUGAUUAUUGACUUUCUCAAAUAAACAGACAAUAUGCUCAAAUGUACAAUUUGGCCAGUAGCAGACAGAAUCUGAAGAAUGAAAUAAAAAAAGAAAAUAUUUUUAAUAUUGAUCUAUUUUUAUAUAUAAAUAAAAAAAAAACAUCAUAAAGUAUUGAACAAGGGCUUUGUAGUUAUUUUUCUAGCUUAUGUAUGGUGAUGGUAAUGGAAUGUAAUUUUAGAGAUGUGAAAACACCUCUGCACACUGGUUUAUUUGACGAGGUGUCAAAUUUAAAAUGAUGUGAUGUAGAUUUGGUGUUAAAUUUUUAGGGAAAAGUUAGUAAAAGAGAACAGAAUAAAAAAUGAAAAUACCUCAAUACAAUUCUGCCUGUCAUUAUUAUCCUCGAUGUGCUCUGUUAUUUUUGUAUUCACAUUAAACUGAUUAAUUGUUUUUUGA